AUGAGCAAUAUUGUAAUGCAUCCCAGUACAAUAACAGGCGUUAUGAGUGACACAUAUAUUAGCUGUACAAAGCGCAUGGCGGGUGGACUAUCUAAUAUAUACUUUAUAUUCCGGAUAACAUUCGAUAACUUGUUCUCAUCUGAUUCUAAAGCCCACGAAUUUCCUUUAUUGUUUUAUGUGCACUGUACUGAUAUUAUUGUGCUGAUAUACCUUGUAAAGUCACAGGAUUUUAUUGUAAAUCUAGCCCUUUCGUUUCUUGAGAAUAAAAAUACGAUGCCACACCUAGGUCUUGUAACUAAAGGCUUUUAG